AUGAACUGUGAUGGCACUGGUAGGCGGGUCCUUGUUGAGGAUAAAUUACCACACAUCUUUGGUUUUACUCUGUUGGGCAAUUAUGUUUACUGGACAGACUGGCAGCGCCGUAGCAUUGAACGUGUUGACAAAAGAUCUGCUGAGAGAGAGAUAAUCAUUGACCAGCUGCCUGAUUUGAUGGGUUUAAAGGCCACAAAUGUUCAUCAGAUCUUGGGUACCAACCCGUGUGCAGAAGAUAAUGGUGGGUGCAGUCACCUGUGCUUGUACAGACCUCAGGGUGUGCGUUGUGCCUGUCCAAUAGGUUUGGAGCUUAUUAGGGAUAUGAAAACCUGCAUAGUACCUGAAGCUUUCCUCCUCUUCUCUCGGAGAGCAGACAUCAGAAGGAUUUCACUCGAAACAAACAAUAACAAUGUGGCUAUUCCACUGACUGGGGUAAAGGAAGCCUCUGCUCUGGAUUUCGAUGUGACUGACAACCGGAUUUACUGGACGGAUAUUAGCCUGAAGACCAUUAGCAGGGCUUUCAUGAAUGGCAGUUCUCUGGAACAUGUUGUAGAGUUUGGGCUUGAUUACCCAGAAGGAAUGGCAGUAGAUUGGCUGGGGAAAAACUUGUACUGGGCUGAUACUGGAACCAAUCGAAUCGAAGUCGCAAGGCUGGAUGGACAGCACAGACAAGUACUGGUGUGGAAAGAUCUGGACAGCCCCAGAGCUUUGGCACUGGAUCCUGCUGAAGGGUUCAUGUACUGGACUGAAUGGGGUGGCAAGCCAAAGAUAGAUAGGGCUGCCAUGGAUGGAACGGGGCGUAUCACUUUGGUGCCAAAUGUUGGACGAGCAAAUGGACUAACUAUUGACUAUGCAGAGCGAAGGCUUUAUUGGACAGAUUUAGAUACAAGUCUAAUUGAAUCUUCCAAUAUGUUGGGUCUGGACCGUGAAGUUAUUGCAGACGAUUUGCCUCAUCCAUUUGGUUUAACGCAGUAUCAAGACUAUAUUUACUGGACAGAUUGGAGCCGCCGCAGUAUUGAACGAGCCAACAAAACAAGUGGCCAGAAUCGCACCAUUAUUCAAGGCCACUUAGAUUAUGUUAUGGACAUACUGGUAUUUCAUUCUUCAAGGCAAGGCGGUUGGAAUGAGUGUGCUUCAAGCAAUGGACAUUGUUCUCAUUUGUGUUUGGCUAUGCCAACCGUUGGCUAUGUUUGUGGAUGCCCUGCUCACUACUACUUGAAUAUGGACAACAAAACUUGUAGCCCUCCAACUUCGUUUCUGCUCUUCAGUCAAAAGAAUGCAAUUAAUCGGAUGGUUAUUGAUGAACAACAGAGCCCAGACAUCAUUCUUCCCAUUCACAGUCUGAGAAACGUCAGGGCCAUUGAUUAUGAUCCCGUCGAUAAACAUCUGUACUGGAUUGAUUCUCGUCAAAAUGUAAUUAGGCGAGCACAGGAGGAUGGGACCCAGAGUUUUACUGUUGUAACCAGUGCAAUUCCCAACCAAAAUUUGGAUAUGCAGCCUUAUGACCUCAGCAUUGAUAUCUACAGUCGUUACAUCUUUUGGACUUGCGAGGCGACUAAUGUAAUAAACGUAACACGGCUGGAUGGCAAAGCAAUAGGUGUGGUUUUGAGAGGAGAACAAGAUAGGCCAAGGGCAAUCAUCGUAAAUCCAGAGAGGGGGUAUAUGUAUUUCACUAACCUUCAAGACAGAUCACCAAGAAUAGAGCGUGCUGCAUUGGAUGGUACAGAGCGUGAAGUUCUCUUCCUUAGUGGACUAAGUAAACCAGUUGCACUUGCUAUCGACAACAAGCUUGGCAAACUGUUCUGGGCUGACUCUGAUCUGCGCCGCAUAGAGAGCAGUGACUUAUCAGGUGCAAAUCGAAUUGUUUUGGAAGAUGCCAACAUACUUCAACCUGUAGGUCUGACUAUAUUUGGUAACCACUUAUACUGGAUUGAUAGACAACAACAGAUGCUUGAGAGAAUUGAGAAGACAAAUGGUUACGGUCGUACUAAGAUUCAAGCUCGUAUAGCACAACUGAGUGACAUUCAUGCUGUGAAAGAACUCGAUCUAAAGGAAUUUGCUGAACAUCCUUGUGCCCAAGAUAAUGGUGGCUGUUCCCAUAUAUGUAUUGUAAAGGGAGAUGGUACUACACGUUGCUCCUGUCCUGUUCACCUUGUACUGCUGCAAGAUGAACUGUCAUGCGGAGAGCCACCAACUUGCGCACCAGAUCACUUCACUUGUGCUACUGGUGAGAUUGAUUGCAUUCCUUUGGCUUGGCGAUGUGAUGGGUAUCCUGAAUGUGAUGAUCAGAGCGAUGAGCAAAACUGUCCAGUAUGUUCAGACAGUCAGUUCCAGUGUGCCAGUGGGCAGUGUAUUGAUGCUGUCUUCAGAUGUAAUGGAGAGACUAAUUGCCAAGACCAAUCUGAUGAACAGAAAUGUGAAGUUCUCUGUGCUAUGGACCAGUUUCAGUGUGCCACUGGACAGUGCAUUGCCAAGCAUAAAAGAUGUGAUCAUAAUGGAGAUUGCACCGACAAUUCGGAUGAACAUGCCUGCUAUCCCACAGAAGAGCCUACCCCUCAACCUACCAGCACUAUUGGUUCAAUUAUUGGUGUCAUCCUCUCUGUCUUUGUGAUUGGAGCUAUAUACUUUAUUUGCCAGCGUGUUCUGUGCCCGCGGAUGAAAGGUGAUGGAGAAACAAUGACAAAUGAUUUUGUCGUGCAUGGAUCUGCUUCAGUGCCUCUAGGCUAUGUGCCACAUACUAACUCCCUCCCAGGAUCGCUUCAAGGUAUGUCCCGUGGCAAGCCUGUGAUGAGUUCCCUAAGUAUUAUGGGUGGAAGCAGUGGGCCACCAUAUGACAGGGCUCAUGUUACAGGGGCCUCAUCCAGCAGUUCAUCAAGUACAAAAGGCACUUACUUUCCUCCUAUGCUGAAUCCUCCACCGUCACCAGCUACUGAACGUUCACAUUAUACCAUGGAAUUUGGUUACUCCUCUAACAGUCCUUCUACUCAUAGAUCAUACAGCUACAGACCAUACGCUUAUAGAAAUUUUGCUCCACCUACUACUCCUUGCAGUACUGAUGUAUGUGACAGUGACUACACCCCUGGGAGGAGAAUUGCUACAACAAAAUGUUAUGGCGAUUUGAACUAUGACUCUGAGCCAUUCCCUCCACCUCCGACUCCACGGAGCCAGUAUUUGUCUGCUGAGGAGAACUAUGAAAGCUGCCCACCCUCUCCUUAUACAGAAAGGAGUUACUCGCAUCAUCUUUAUCCACCCCCUCCCUCUCCAUGUACAGACUCCUCGUGAGCACCAUCUUUGCCUAUUGUAAAUAAUUGUUGAUAUGAAGAGACUGCAUUUAAAAGUGGGAGAUGUGAUUUGUACAGUGAAAAUAGGUUGGGAGGGAAGGGAAAUGAUUUGCAAACAAUUUGUACAGAAGAGGAUAUUUAUGUAUUUUCUAACAGCACCUGCUGGUUGUGCCAUAAAAUUUGUAAAAAUUUGUACAAAUGAGAUUUUUUUUCCACAUGCAAACAAAAAUGCCUUAACCCAGGGAAGCAACCAUACCUAAGAAGACAUAGAAAACUAGCAGUCACAUUAACAGGUCACAGGAUACCGGAUGGAUUGCAACUCCAGUGCCCAAAGAGAAUCACAGUGUGUUUUACAGUGAAAACAAAAAUGUUAAUUAUCUUCUGUUUUCAAUACAAGAGAGACAGCUGCACAACACUCUUAUAGAAUUGAAAACAGUAACUCAUGGAGAGCUGGCAUGGGGAUCUUACAUUUUUAUGCAAAGCUGUUUCAGCAACAGUCAGCUGAAGGAGAGCACAUGCAGAAUCACUUCCUGCGAUUCUUGUCACACCAGUGCCAGUAAUGUAUACAAUUUCACAGUGAAGCCCAUGUCAACCACACUGCAGCUUUCAAAGGUGAUCUCUGCCAUGUGCUCGGAAGCUAUUCUGCACCUUUGCUACAGAGUCAGGGUGGGGUAGAGUUGGAAGGAAAUCAGCUUCUUUUUCGCUUCUUUGUGGUGAAAAUCAUUACUUUAAUUAUGGGGACAAAUAGUGGAAUAGCACCUGUGACAUCUUGAAGUAUUUGACCAAGGGCAUAAACCAUGCCUUGAUACUUUUUAAAUUCUUAGUCAGUGAGCUUUUAACUUCAGUGCCCGCAAAUGUUCUGAGUGUAUUUUUAUACUACAUUGUGUAGAUAACCUAUUUAUAAGCUAUAAAAUAACCUUGUAUUAGAUUUCCUGUAAAGCCUGUCCAUAUAUCCUUGCAAUACUUUCAUGUAUAGUUGUAUUACUUUAUGCCUCAUUUUAUUUUUCUAUAAAACAUUAGUGUAAGGGUAAUGACAAUCUCAGAUUUUUUUAAUAGAUGGCCAGAUGAGUUUAUUUUUUCCAUUUUAAAUGUAAUUUUCAAUUAUCCGUUAAGGUACUGUGCAAAAUACAGAUUAUCAUCUUUAUAUAUUACAUUGUAUUAAAAAAUACAUUUUGUAGCAAAGACUGAAUACUUUGUAAUAGUCCUUAUGAUUGACUGAAAUGCCAAGUGAAUCUAAAUCACGAUGCAGCCAUUUAAAGUAUUUCUAGUAUUCAAUUAUUUAAUUGUCACUAUUUUCCAUAAAAUAAUUUGAUCAAGGUAUGCAUAGGAUAAUUAGUACAUGAGGAUUUUUUAAAUGUCUGCUGCUGUGUACAUGGAGCCAGAAAUGUCUGGUAUAUUUGUCCAGGUAUACUUCUAAGUGAAAUUAGAACUCUGUGCCAAAUUCUACUAGAAAAAUCACCCUAGUGGUGUGUGUCUAAAGCAAACAACCUUGUUUGGAAGUGAAGGAUCUGGUGCUGCUCAAUAUAUUAAUUGUAAACCUGUUUUUUUUCUUCUUCCUUUUGAUUUUCCUCCUGUCAAUUGGAGCUAACUGUUUUGUUGUGUACCAGGUGCAGUCCCCUGGUACCAGUAUGCUUUGCAAGGAUGUGUUUAUGUUAAUGACCAACAUUUGGUCAGUCUUAUCCAUUUGCCUAAUAACAUCCUGAAAAUGUAAAAUAAGUGCUUUAUUUGUCUGAACUCUGUUUCUUUUAAAAAGAGAAAAAAAAGCACCUUGUAUAAAGCUCUUUCUGUUACUAUCAAGUUAAGUUGUAACAAAUGAAAAAUUGAUUUUUAUAAUAAAACUAAGAUUGAAACCUG